AUGAAGCAAUCUAUGAUAGCUUCCCUCGCAGCUCUCGCAGCCUCAACCUCAGGAGUUCACGCCGCUGAUAGCUUGAUUAACGUGCCCGUUAAUCUCUGCGCAGCCAUCCUGGGACAAGCCGCAUGCGACCAGAAGACCGUCACCAAUGGUCUGAUCAGCGUGCCUGUGAACGCAUGUGUGGCAGUCCUCGGACAGGCCAAGUGCGACCAGGUCUCUUCCUCCUUGACUAGACGCGGCGGUUCCCUGAUUAGUGUGCCCGUUAAUCUUUGUGCAGCCAUUCUUGGAGAGGCGGAAUGCAAGCAGAAGACCGCUAGCGCUGGCGGCCUGAUCGACGUGCCUGUUAAUGCAUGUGCGGCAGUGCUUGGACAGGCCAAGUGUGACCAGGUCGCUUCCACCACCGACAGCGGCGAGGGUUCCUUGAUCAGCGUGCCUGUUAACCUCUGCGCAGCCAUCCUUGGAGAGGCCGAAUGCAAGCAGAAGGCCGCCACCACUGGUGGCUUGAUCGAUGUGCCUGUUAACGCGUGCGUGGCAGUUCUUGGACAGGCCAAGUGUGACCAGGUCACUUCUACUGUUACCGGUGGCGGUAGUGAUAGUGGUAGUGACAGUGGUAGCGACGGCGGCAGCGGUGAUGGUUCCCUAAUUAGCGUCCCCGUUGGACUUUGCGCAGCCAUCCUUGGAGAGGCCGAAUGCCAGCAGCAGACUGCCACUCCUGGCGGCUUGAUCAACGUUCCCGUUAACACCUGUCUUGCAGUCCUUGGAAAAGCCAAGUGUGACCAGGCCUCUUCUUCCGGCAGCGGCGAGGGUUCUUUGAUCAAUGUCCCCAUCAACAUUUGCCUGGCUGUCCUCGGCGAGGCUCACUGCCACCAGAGCUCCAACCCUAACGGUGGUCUGAUCAACAUCCCCAUCGACCUGUGCUUGGCUGUGUUGGGCGAGGCUGAGUGCCAUGAUGGAUCAUCCACACCUCCGGCUGUGACCACCACCCCCACUAUCCCCGUUGUUGUUCCCGGCGAGACUACCCCCGCUGUCCCCGUUGUUGUUCCCGGUCAGACCACCCCCGCUGUCCCUGUUGUUGUUCCCGGUCAGACCACCCCCGCUGUCCCCGUUGUUGUUCCCGGUGAGACUGCCACUCCUGCCGUCCCUGGUGUCGUCCCCGGUGAGACUGCCACUCCUGCCGUCCCUGGUGUCGUCCCCGGUGUUGUUCCCGGCAACUCUUCCGUCCCUGGCGCCGAGGCUUCUACCACCCCGGUCGGAACUAGCCCUGGAGGACCUGACUCUGGUUUGCCCUCCGGUGGUGCCUCCACUUCUGGUCCUGGAUCACCUGCAUACAGCCAUGUUCCUUCCCUCACAGUUGGACGUCCAUCCACCACCGGCGCUUUCACCCGUGUCACUCCUAGCUUCACCAAUGUUGUCACCGUCUGCAAUGCUGCCUGCCACGCAUCUAAGACCUCCGCCGGCCUUGUGGCUCACACUUCUCCUGCUUCCGGUGGCAACGGCGGUCAGGCUGCCCCCAUCGCCACUCCCAGCACCAUUCCAUUCAACGCGGCUGCCCGCGCGACUCUGUCCGGCGUCGGCAUGGUAUUCGGAGCUCUUUGCGCGAUUGCUAUGCAGAUCUAA